AAGCAACGGCGACGAGGUAAUGACUUUGGUAGUGGGUACAGUGGGCUACUCAACUCGGACAGAUGCAUAGACAACUUGCUCAAGUUCAUCGAAGAUUAUGGCCAGUCACACUCACAGUCUAUCAUCUUUGCUCCACGGCGACGACCUACUAGGGUCCGUAUGCGUUCUUCAGAUACAGACUGACAGUACUUCUAAAAGAAUUGUGCGCUUUGGUAUUGUACUAGGAUCACUCUCUCUCACUCUCAGACUGACGCUCUAACAUCAGGAAGGGAAUUUCUCGGGCACUACUGGAAAGAGCUCUUCACUGCUAUACCGAAUGAUUAUGGCUAUUGUCGAAGUCCAACGACAACGAUUCUCAUGAAAUAGAGUUGAUCUUGAUUCUUCUUUUUUUCAAUUCCAGAAAAAUACAAAAAGGCAUACCAACAGUUCAUCUUUGUCUUCGCUGAUUUCAUUGUCAACAUGUUGAAUUAGCGAAAGAUGGAAAUGCUUACCAUGAGGCGGGGUCCGUUGCUCUGUGUAAGAAUUGCUGCAAAAUUGACCAGGGAGGGUUAGACAUGAAGUACAUGACCAUGGCCAAAGAUGACAACUGUACUCUCGCCACAAAAUUUGAUACGCACGCGGUAGCAGCUCUAUCUCUAACAAGGACAGGCAGGAGAUGUCCGAUUCCGACGCACAAGAGCAUCAAAAGGGAGACGGCUGGUAGUAAUACCUUCCUGGUGUCGUGGGUUUGGAUUUUACUCGGUGAUAAUAGAUCAACAGAAAGUUCAAGACUCGGAAUUUCAAUUCCACUGAACAGCACUCCGAUUACUCUAAUAACAUGUUGGACGAGUGUGCUCAUACGUGAUUGAAAUAUGAACAGGCGCGGCCAUCGUCUCCCGAAACUAUUUACAACAACGACGUACAACUGCUCACAACGUUGGCGUGGUAAGCAUAUUUUUGUGCGUGUGGUGAUCCCAGCAUUGCUUUCGCAGGUGGUUGACGUACAGUCACGUGAUAACGGGAAUCCAAGCAUGUUUGAUGCUGUCGGUGAGGCAUGUAAAAAUGGCAAUAAUGCCGAUGCGUGUGGUGGAGCGGAUCACAAUCGUACUACUUGAUAAAACUAUAUAAUUUGUAGUCUGGAAAAAUUCGAUCAACUAGUACCUUCUUCGACUUGUGCUUCAGCUUCAUCUACUUCUAACUUGUUCUACUUAUUAUAGCUCCUGAACAACUUGAAGAAGUAGACAAGAUGAUUAUAGUAAGUCAUUUCUUCAAGAAACCCUAGUUGUACCUUUCCAGAAGUAUAAACCAAAACCAAGCUCGAUAAACAAUAUGACAAUUGUGAUAAGCUCACUACCUGCAGAUCCAGACGACUCACCUGAGACCGAUACUAUUGAAGGCGAAGACUUUGCUGAGGCACCGAAUUCGUUGAUAUCCGUGGCUCCAAGUGGCAAGGUUUCGAGUUUCACAGAAAGAGAAGCCGUGGAAACAUCGUUUCCUGGUGGGGGUCAUAUGGCAGGCUAUGAAUUAAUCAUGUAGUAGGCUCACUUGUUCUAGUACCGCGAGAUCCUGACCGCCUCCUAUUCAAGAUAGCAGCUAGACGACGGCCUCUAAAGAUAGGAGCCAUAGGUUGAAGAUGUCACCACUGCUUACUCUGAUUGCCUACACUGUUACUCGUCACUCCCCUUCUUCAUAAGUUUUUGGAAUUUACGCAGGGACGUUGUCGCAGACUUGAAAGAUAUCAUUGUCGCGCAUCAACAACAACUACAGGAUGGAGUAGUGAAUGGAGUAGUGGCAAAAUUAGAAGAGGUAUUUUCUGACAAAGUUUCUUCAGAAGACCUACUACAGCAGAUUAGAGUAUCCCAUCAAGAACAAAUGAAGGAGUUGCGUCAGGAUGUAAAACAAGUUUUACAAGAACAGCAGACAGUAAUAUCCCAGGAAAUACGGGAGUUGCAUCAAAAAGUAGAACAAGUUUUAGAACGAGUGGAGCAACAUCAGCAAGAGCAGAAUGCACAACCAGCGGCGUUGACGGAACCGCAAGUACAAGCAGGACUCCUGCCACUAGAAGAGCUAAAUCACCCGCCGCUGGAAAUGCACGAAAUUCGAAUCAAUAUGAAAAGCCAUGCCAGGCACAAGAACGGUGUCCCCUUUAUCCCUCGCGAUACACUAGCGAAAAUACUGAGAUCACCGAACGAAAAACUCGAAAACCAAGAGAAGCGAAAUGUGCAGGUGAUCAGGAUGGCCGUAUGGCUUCAUUUAUUAAGAGUGAAGGCGUGAGAAUUUCGACGGCUAGCAGCGCUCCGACCACUGGCCUAGGCUUGAGGAACAAGGACAAGAGCCGACAGUCUCAUAACAACACUCUUAAUUAAUGGCGCCAUUCUUUCAUUAAAAGAUUUUGAAAAAUACUGGAGCGUCGACCCCACUACGUCUCAAAGCUGGCUGGGUGAUGAUGCCAAACUCCCGCAUCUCGUGUAUCGUUCGUAGCUCCCAAGGCUGCAGGACCAGAUCAUGA